AUGCCGCCUCCAUCCAAGCUACGGGGAAGGCCUGCAACGGACUACGAACGAUGGCUCAAUUUCAAUCCCGAUCAAGAUCCAUCCUCUCCUCCAAAAUACGGGCCUGAUAGGAAGCAUCGCUAUGUCGACGAUUCGUCAGUCAGAUAUGCUCCAAACCGCCAGCUUAUGUUCAAUGAUCAGCACCAUUUGCCAUUCGGGCAUACCCGUCAUCAUCGAAGAAUUGCACAUUCGCAAGGGCUAGUUCGAGGCAUCACGUUUUUCUGCGCCGUCUUGGUAGUCAUACUGGUCAUGCGGAUGUUCGUGAUCUCGCUCAUCCGCGCAGCCCGACGACGAAGCGACAUAGAGAGACAGAUACAAGAGGCAUCCCAACGACAGCAAGCCCCUACAACCUACGAGGAUAACAACGAAUUGGACGAGCUGUGA